CCUGAAUCUGAGAGUCGCUUGGGUCGCUUCCGGUCCUGAGUCACGGUGAAGCGAAGAAUGGCUCCGCCGGGAGAAUACAAAGCUGCAGCGGCGGAUGGAAUGGAGCAGAUGGAGAUGGACGAGUCCCGUGGAGGCAUUGGCCUGCGGCAGUAUUACUCAUCCAAGAUUGAAGACCUGCAGCUUGUUGUUAAUGAUAAGAGUCAGAAUCUCAGGCGUCUGCAAGCACAGAGGAAUGAACUGAACGCUAAAGUGCGGCUACUGAGGGAGGAGCUGCAGCUGCUUCAAGAGCAGGGAUCAUACGUAGGGGAAGUGGUCAGAGCUAUGGACAAGAAGAAAGUAUUGGUCAAGGUUCACCCCGAAGGGAAAUUCGUUGUCGAUGUUGAUAAGAAUAUUGACAUCAAUGAUGUCACACCAAACUGUCGAGUUGCUCUGCGCAAUGACAGUUACACGCUGCAUAAGAUCCUGCCCAACAAGGUGGACCCCUUAGUGUCUCUGAUGAUGGUGGAGAAAGUUCCAGACUCCACGUACGAGAUGAUUGGUGGCUUGGAUAAACAGAUAAAGGAAAUCAAGGAGGUCAUUGAACUGCCUGUGAAACACCCAGAGCUCUUUGAAGCCUUGGGUAUCGCGCAGCCCAAGGGCGUGUUGUUGUACGGACCUCCUGGCACGGGAAAGACACUUUUGGCUCGUGCUGUGGCCCAUCACACAGACUGUACAUUUAUACGAGUGUCUGGAUCCGAACUGGUGCAGAAGUUCAUCGGGGAAGGUGCUCGUAUGGUGCGUGAACUGUUUGUUAUGGCUCGAGAACAUGCUCCCUCCAUUAUCUUUAUGGACGAAAUUGAUUCGAUUGGGUCGUCGCGGCUCGAGGGGGGCUCGGGAGGAGACAGUGAGGUCCAGCGCACAAUGCUUGAGCUGCUGAACCAACUGGAUGGAUUUGAGGCAACAAAGAACAUAAAGGUAAUCAUGGCAACUAACAGGAUUGAUAUAUUGGACUCUGCUUUGCUGCGCCCAGGUCGCAUUGACCGGAAGAUAGAAUUCCCACCUCCUAAUGAAGAGGCCCGUCUGGACAUUUUGAAGAUUCACUCAAGAAAAAUGAACUUGACGCGUGGGAUCAACCUGCGCAAAAUAGCAGAACUGAUGCCUGGAGCGUCCGGGGCUGAAGUAAAGGGGGUGUGCACAGAAGCGGGAAUGUAUGCCCUCCGUGAGAGGCGGGUGCACGUCACACAAGAGGACUUUGAAAUGGCUGUGGCAAAGGUGAUGCAGAAAGACAGUGAGAAGAACAUGUCCAUUAAGAAGCUGUGGAAGUGAUUUGUUUUGUGUUCUCCAGUCUCUUUGCUCUCAGCAAUGUCAGUCUGUUCUCCUGUGGGAUCGCAGCUCAUUAAAACCCAGCAUAAGACGCAUCCCCAAUUCCUAUAAUCUACAGAUCUUCCAUUGUUUUUUUUGCUAAUGGAAAGCCACAAGCUGGAAGCUCCCCUGAAGCCUAUUAUUCUAGGCCACAAAUUGCGUAGAAAUUAAGACGACUCCAUUGGGCAUUUAGUACAGCGGGAUUUUGGUUUUGUAACUGACGUGUAUGUGAUCUCCUAUAAAAUAAAUACAUCCAAAAAAAAAA